AUGCCCCAAGUAUGGAGGAUUCUUAGUGUCAUCGACAGGGUGACAGCAUCUUGGGAAGAGGCCUUUACCCUUCGCGACCUACUGUUGCAUUAUGAAAUUAGGGUUAAGGCAAAAAAUAGGAUAGCUCUACAUGCAAAGGGGAGGUUAGAACCUCUGGUUGGGGGAAUUCAGUCAAACGACAGGGGUUGGAAGAACAGGUUUGUUUUUGUGAAGAGGUCGUCGCUAGGGGAAGCUGGGGCGUCUCUGGUCGGUGGUUGGAAUACCGAAGGUCUUAAUCCAAAACUACUGUCGCAUCGCGACGAGUCUCAGAGUCUCUGUGAUAAGUUUCUGAAGGUGUCAGAAGACGACAAGCAGUUCAGAAGGGUUCUCUUUGCUUCUCAAGAUAGCUAUUCAUCUAUGGCAUCUGGAUUUUCUAAGGAAGGUUCUUGCGUUACUAACUUGCUCUGGUACUCUUGGAUAGGUUCAUCACAGUCGCGUCCUAGGGGGAGUUUGGACGGUCAAGCGCUAGCUGAGAUCCUGCGCAAACACAAGAGGGAGUCUUCGGCUGACGCGACGUCUCUAUCGUCAGCAUCAGCAAAGAAGGACACGGCAGUUGUCGUUCAUUUGGACGAUGAACAGGACGUCGCGUCCAAGACGCGCAGGACUGAUUUCUUGGCCCCUCCAGACAAGAGUGGGCCUUCCUACUCUGUGACCGUCCCAAGCGACUUCAUGUCGCUGGAACGGUCCAUAUGGCCUGAAGCAGACAGGUUCCUCUUUCCCAGCGCAAUGGAAAGGAUUAAGGAGCAUACUCUUCCUCGCAUGAUGUCGGAUGGGCUGGAACUUCUAUUUCAGUCUUCUCAACAUCUCCUGAUGGCUAAGAGGGAGAUCUCUUCUCUUCUGAAAGGUCACCUGACCAUGAAGCAGAGAAUGGAGAAGGCUGAGUUGGACGCAAAGUCCAAGAGCGACAAGGUGGAGUCCUGCAAGAAGGCCAUGGAGGACGUGAAGAAGUCUCUGCAGAAAAAUGGGGAGGAGCUGGAAGAGAUAAGGCUGAGGGCAACUAAGUUGGAGGAGUCUUCUCGUCUGGAGAUCUCGACGCUUCAAGCGAGCGUCGAUGCACAGAAGAACGAGCUGGACAUGCUCGAGGCUGAGGUGACGACUAGGGUCAGGGCGAAGCCGAUGUACCAGUUCUUGAUGAAGAAGACAGCAUCCUGGACACCGCAAAAGGACAUCGACCUAUACAUCCAAUUCAUGGGGUCAAUGAAAGAUCUUAUGGAUGAGGAGGACUUAGCUGCGACGGCGGAUUCCACAUCAAAGGUUGAUGAAAACGCCCCGUCUUGUGCUGGGUUCAUAGCGUCGGAUGUGCCUCUUGACCCUGAGAUUGAGAAGGAAGCCCCAGCCUCUGUCUUGCCAGCUGAAACGUCGGAGGAGAAGGAAGCUGAGAAGGUCUCUGACGUUUAAUCUCCUAGUCCUUUAUGUCAUGCCUCUUACCCUUUAAACUUAAUUUUUAAUCAAUCUGUGUUUUAAGUCACUCAAGGGAGUGACUGUUUGUAUUAAACUUUUGGGUCACCUAAGGGGGUGACCAUGACUUUUAGGUUACUAAUCAUCGUACUUUUUAGGUCGCCUAUGGGGGUGACCAUUUACUA